UGCCUGUAGAUAUUAGAAGAAAUAAUUCAAUUUCGUUUACAAAUCAACAAAUCAGCACAAACACAACAGACACACCGGAAUAUAGACUCUCUCUAUGCAAUAUUGGAACGUAUCUGCGCAAUGGAAUAUCUUUUAAUUGGUGAAAAAAUCAGUAUUAGUCGAACCGACGGUCGAGUGCAUACCGCAGUAGUUGACUCCAAGCAGGAUGAAGUGCAGUCGAUUACAGUCGCAUGGACCGAGGGCUCAAAGAUGAUGGGCAAGGAAAUACCCUGGAGCUCAAUAGUGGCUCUCAAUCCACACCUAAUGGAGCGCACUCAGCUAUGGUUUUUCACAUUAUGGCGCUCUAGUUUCACUUCAAAUCGCCCAGGUAAAAUAAAAAACUUUUUGCCCUUUAUAUUGGCCAUUCUGGAAAAGUAAGCAACUUGCAGCGAGAUUUUUUUUCCCGCUCGGAUACAAAUUUAUGAGCGACCAAAGUGUAAUCAAGACUGAAACAAUGGGGAGAAAAAAAAAAGAAAACGUGCUGGAUUUGUUAACUUGGUUAACUGCUGAAAUUUCCGCAUCAUGUGUAACAAGUAGUCGAGGCAGCCAGAAAAGUUGUGAGAAAAACUUUGCUGCAAUAAACAUGGUGGGGUGGGCAAAAAAGUAUUAAAUGUCCUUAAAAAUGCAUUCAGAUGAAA